GGCCGUCGGUCCAGAAAAGUAUGCGGAAGUUGCCUGCAGCAAGUAACUAGCUAGCUAACUAGAGAAAUUGAGGACGACUAGCAAGAAACUGUGCAGAGCCAGAUGUGUCUGCUUGGAGAGUCCAGUAGUAUGUGUGUACAGUCUCUGUGACACCACCCCUGUCUCUGUCCUGGUGACAGAGACUCCUGGGAGCAGGGUCUGCGGUGGCGGUGACAUAUCUGCAGCUGGUGUGACGACCCAGUCCCCUGAGCAGGCACUGCUUGUGUCGGACCGCAUCCUGGCCCAGAUGAAUAAGAUGCGUCUCUGGGCAGACUUCUGUGACGUCAGGCUACUGCCGGGAGGCCGGGUGUUCAGUGUCCAUAAGCUGGUCCUGGCUGCCAGCAGCCCCUACUUUUCUGCUCUGUUCUCUGGAUGGAUGAGCGAGGCGGACAAGGAGGAGGUCCAGAUCCUGGGGGUGGAGGCACAGAUGUUUGAGGUCCUGCUGGAGUUCAUAUACACAGCUUCGUCCUGUCAUGAAAUGUACCAUUUACUGAGUGUGUAGUGUACAGUAAUGUUCAUACACAAAACAGUACAUAAUACAGAUGUCUUUGUGUUUCUUUGAACUGAAUCCGUCCAGGCACGAUUCAUGUGACGGUGGAGAACAUGCAGGAGCUAAUGGUGGCAGCAGACAUGCUGAAGCUGAGUGAGGUGGUGUCUAUCUGUGGGAGAGCUCCUCAAGAGCCACAUGGACCUGUCCAACUGUGUGGGGUUACACCAGUUCCUGGAGCAGAUCGCCUGCUUGGACGUGCUGGAGUUCACUGAGAACUACGUCCAUGUACACUUUCUGGAGGUGCUACACAGUAUUUAUCUUCCUCCAUCUGUCUGUCUUCAGAUGAUCUCUUUCCCCUUCCAUCUCAUUCCAAUCUGCUGAGUGUGUGUAACAAAAAAAAGUGAAUAGCCUGUUCCCAACCUGUUAUAACACUUGCUCCAACGAACAAAAAUCACAAUCGGAACAUCUGACCUUUAGGUGUGUGUGUGUGUUGGAUGAGUUCUGGGGCCUGUCCAAGGACCAGCUGGUGAAGCUGCUGCAGAGCGAGGAGUUGCGGAUCGAAGAUAAGUACCAGGUAUUCAUGGCAGCCAUGGACUGGGUCCUUCAGGACGUGGCCAAAGAGGAAGAAACAUGGUGGAGGUGCAGUACCCAGUCAGGUUCCCCCUGCUCUCCCCACAGAGACUCUUCAAGUACAUAGGCUUCAUCUAUGUGAUCGGGGGGGAUCAGUGAUGAGGGGAUGUGGAGGUGUACAACCCCAUCUCCCGGCGCUGGAGCGCCCUGCCCGUCAUGGUGACCCGGCAGGCCUACGUGGGCGUGGCCUGCCUCAACAACUGCAUCUAUGCCGUGGGGGGCUGGAACGAGGCACUGGGCUCCCUGAAGACGGUGGAAAAGUGUUCCCCCAAGGAGGUUGGGUCUCCAGAAGUUGCAGGUUGGGUCUGCAGAAGUGCAUGUGAAAGCAACACUACAAGAGGACUGAAAAUACUUGGAUUAACUGCAUAGCACCUGUCUUUUGUGUUGUGAAAAGUUCAGAAUCUUCAACAAAAUGAUUACGUUGACAAAUUAUCUGUGACAUUCUCCAUAUGUUCCUACGCUUUCUUUUGCUUUGAAGGAAGACAUUUGUGUUUUUCACUUGAGGUUCCCUUCGUUUAUGGGAAAGUGUAUUUUUAUACUUCAACAAAGGAGUCCCAAGUGUGUUGUGACACAGGGCACUGUGCUUGUAAGAGAUUGCUGUUAUACCGUCUAAAAGCUCGCUCAUCUAUGAAAUCUGAACUAUUGCACUCUCCUCCUGAAACCGCACAACCACAAAUUAUUCUACCGGCAGUUAACAGAUACAGAUAUAAUAAGACGGAUGAAGAAAGCAACAGGUCUAACCAGCCAUUUUAGGCACCAUUGUCUUUAGCAUGCACUGAAAAACAGCAUUAUAAUGCAUUGUUCUGCAGUAUCAAAAUUUCACUGACCUCGAUUGAAGAUGUCAGAAAUGUAACAGUGGAUUCUACUGCCUUUACUGUCAUGUGACUUUAAUACUAGACACCUUUUUCCCUUCAACCCUGGACAGCCUUUUCACCAGUUUAAUGAGGUGAGCUGUGGUUUUCAGUGACCAUUGGAAUAAAAAAAUACUUUCUCUGAAUCAAUUUAUUUUCUGCAUAUGUUUGGGUAGAGCUUAAAAUGACUCUGUAAAAGGUGAGUCUUGGUCUAAGAGCUGGCACUCAUAGUGGCGGGAGAAGAGCUAGAACCUCUUUCCACCCCUCUUCUGAUGUCAUUGUGGAACUGUCCUGUUCACAUUGACCGGGAUCAAUACCCCAGAGUGUCAAAUCUCACCAGACAACCUGCAGCUGCCUCUCCCAUUGGACAAUUUACCUUCCAAUCUACUGAGCCCGUCAAUCAGAACCUUCAGUUUCACAACAAAGAUCAAGCUGACUUUGUGUCUCUGCCCCUGACAAAGAAUCCUACCUGCUUCAGUAGAGUGAUCAGGAAGAAGUGGGGGGGUGGGGGUAACGGCGCUCCCCGAAAAACUGUCACACGCAACUUCCCCGGCUCAAACCACGUGUUAAAAUUGUUUGGGAAGUCCACAGCCAUCAAAUCCCCUCCAGGGUAACAAACCCUUGAAUCAACCCCAGGCCUCUGGAUCACCAUUCCAGAUCAUCUCAGAACCCUGUGACCCGUCUCCCAACACUUCACCCUGGACGACAGGGUCUGCGUCUGGGGAAAGGGGCUGUUCUGUCCUGGAGGAGGAGGGCUCGGCAGUGGGGUGCUGCUCCCCAUCACACACUCUGAGUCUAAGACCAGUGGUGUGCCUGUGAGCGGGCCAGAGAGAAUAAGCCCGCAGAGGAGGGAGAGACUGGGAGGAGGAGAGGACUUCAGAGCCAAAGACUCUGGGAUCUUUGCCAUGAGGUUUGAUGCCUCGAUCCACUGACUGGAGACACUGGACCUAAAUGGCGCAGCAUGACUUUGUCCCUGCCUGGCUUAACUUCUCCACGCCCCAGCCUGCCAAGUCCCCUGCAGCCAGCCUCGAGAAGCAUGGCAACCCCCAUCACCACCGGGACAGCCGUGCUGCUGUGAGCCGCCGCAGACACAACUCCUCCGACGGCUUCUUCAACAACGGGCCCCUGCACUCCCCCGCAGGUGAUGGGUGGCAGCAGCCUUCUCUCCUCCUAAGGCAUGACUCUGUGGACUCUGGGGUGGCAAAGGGGGGGCAUGGUGGCCUGGCGGGUGUGCCCUGCUGGAAGGAGGCUCCUCCCACAUGGCACGGGGCACCAAGGGGGGUGCAGGAUGGGCACCACCAACCGGGGCGACACACCAAACGCCCCGGGCCCGGAGGAGGGGACAGGGACAGGCAGGGGGGGCACCGGCAGCGCAACGGCAACUUCCAUCCCCGCAAGGGCGCCCCCGGGACCCCCUACCAGGACAAGUUCCCCAAUGAGGAACGCAGCGGGGAGGACAAGCUGAAAUUUGUGGAAGAGGACUUUCCCUCCCUUAACCCUGAAACAACUGGAAAGUCUGGAAACCAGACGAGGCCAGUGGCUCCUCAUGCUGGAGUAUGGGAGAACCCUCCUAGUGGAAAGCAGAUGGUGUCUAAGAUGCUGGUGAUCAAGAAGGUUUCCAAAGAGGACCCAGGAUGCACUGCGUUCUCUGCCAGCUUUGCCAGCUCCGGAGCCCCACCCAUCAACAGCAGUAAAACCCUGCCCACCAUUGCCAGUUCCACCCACUCUGUCUACAAGAACCUGGUGCCCAAGCCUGCCCUGGUGACCACCAAAUCCCACCAGUGGAAGCCGAGUGGGAGGGACUCCAUUAAGCCUGGCCUCCACUUGUCAGGACGAGACUCUGUCUUCACCAGUCCUGUGUCUGCAGCCAAACCCUAUGCCUCUGCCACCCAGCUACAAAGCCACAACACCCCCAAAGAGCAGCAUCCCUACAGUACGACUCCUCCCAUGGACAUUGGCCCAUCGUCGCGGCUAAAGCUGAUGCGGCGCGGACCAGACCGGAAGAGUGAUUUCCUGCGGACGCUGAAGGACGAGUGCACCGGAGACCUGACCUCCAGCAGCAGCCCUGGAACUCCUGGACAGGGCGUGAGCAGCAACCCAGAGCCCAGAGCCUUCCGCCAGGGAGUCUGCCAUGAGAAUGGCCUGUCUCACUCCCUCUCUCUCAGCAAUUCAGACACUGAUCACCUGUCUAGCUCCCUAGAGGCAGAACACAGAUUACUGAAAGCCAUGGGCUGGCAGGAAUACCCAGAAAAUGAUGACAGCUUCCUGCCCCUGACAGAGGAUGAGCUCAGAGAGUUCCAGACUAAAACUGAACAGCUGAAGAGAAACGGGGUCCUCCCCCGGGGCGCACGAGGCGUCACCCUCCACUUCACCCCCUGGAGGUGUGUGGCUGAGGCUCACCUAGAAGAUGACGAGGGCUCAGAGUCUGAAACCAGCAGCAGCAGCCAGACCUCGGACGACGAUGACGUCGGCGAUUGCAUCAAAACCUGACGAAGUGGCUUUACGAAACAAACCCGACACACACACACACACACCCCUCUUGUCUUUGUUUUCAGAACACCUGUUUCGACUUGAUCUUGCACAAGCUACAACCAAUCACAUCCUAGUGGAGGGGGAAGUUUCAGCUUCUCCAUGCGGAGGUCUUUUUCCCUGCGUUGCCUCCUUCACUGCACCUCCUCACCCCUUCCCUUCCUCCUCGCUUUGUGGAACUGAGUGUUCGUCAAGAAAAGGGCAAUGCACAUCCGAUUCUGCUUUAAACAGACUAACUCAUCUCAGUGACACUGACGACAUUAAUGAUAUUAAUAAAAUUGGUUCCUGACACGGUGAGAUGUUUCAAUAUGAA